GGUUGACAAACGGUCACUGUAGAUUGGCCAUCCCGAUGGGCGCCAUAAGAUUUGGAGGGCAUGGCAGCGGCAUGACCGCCUGGCUCCUGUCUCUCCUGCUCGUCUUGCUCGUACCCUUUGAUCCCCUUUCUGCUCCCCCUCAUCUCGCACACGUGGCGGCACUGCAGCCGUCCGAUCACGCGGACUCGCUCCUCCCAGAAGACGGCCGCGCGGGCGAGUGGGGCCUGGGGAAGCUGCGAGAGGAAGUGGCAGAUCAGCUUCGACACGAGGUGGCUGGUGACUCUGCUGCGCCUUCCGACGACUCGUCAGGCACCGGCGACGGCAGCAACAGCGGCAGCAGUGGCGGCGGGAGGGCGCGCGGGAGGAGUGAUGGGGGAGCGGCGGGAGCGGGGGCGAGCGGGAGGCGCGGCGGUGCGAACAUCGUGCUGGUGAUGGUGGACGACACCGACCUGCUGCUCGGAAGCACGGCGCGCGAUGUGAUGCCUCAGACGCACCGCCACGUGGUGCGGCGGGGCGCGAGUCUCGCCAACUACUUCGCCAACUUCGCCAUCUGCUGCCCCUCGCGCGUCUCCUACCUCACCGGCCGCUGCUCGCACAACACAGGGGUGAUCUGGAACAAGAACGCGGGCAUGGGGGGUGGGGAGUACCGCGUGCUGGAAGAGGGGCUGGAGGGACACACGCUCGCUGUGGCGCUGCAGCGCGCAGGGUACCGCACGGCGCUGGUGGGCAAGUACCUCAACGGCUACGGCACCACUGCAGCGGACCCGCGCACGGGGGAGGCGCUCUCGCUCACGCGCGUGCCGCAUGGGUGGGACGAGUGGUUUGCCUUCGCUGACGUGCCCAACUACUACAACUGGACCGCCUCCGACAAUGGCGAACUGCGCUCGUUUGGUGACAGCCCAUCGGACUACUCCACGGAUGUGCUGCGCGACAGGGCAGUGCGCUUCAUCCACCAGGCGGCGCAAGCCCAACUCCCAAGCGGCCAGCAGCAGCCCUUCUUCCUGUACCUCGCGCCCUAUGCGGCCCAUGCCCCCACUAUUCCCGCGCCACGCCAUGAGGGAAGAUUCAGCCAUGUGCAGGUCCCUGCCUCCCCCAACUGGCCUGGCGACUACCCCUCGCGGCGCAGCAAGGCGUCAGCGGUGGGCGUGUACCCGGCCUUCCACGAGUCGUACCACCCGCUCUUCCACCUGCUGCACCAGAAGCGCUUGGAGACGCUGGCGGCCGUGGACGACAUGGUGGGCGCUGUCGUCGCCGCACUGGACGCACACGGCAUCAGUGACAACACAUACAUCAUCUUCACUACAGACAAUGGAUACCACAUCGGGCACCACGGCAUGACAGCGGGCAAGUCGUCGUUCUACGAGGAGGACAUCCGCCUCUUCUUCCACAUCACAGGGCCCACCGUGCCCACGGUGAAUCUGACUCAUCUGAUUGGCAACAUUGACGUGGCGCCCACCAUUGCUGAGCUGGCAGGCGUUGACUUCCCCCCUCCCGGCGCACCUCCCGUGGACGGCCUCUCCUUCGCGCCUCUGCUGCUAUCACCUGAGGCACGUGCGCUGGACCCGGACCACUUCAGAGAGGCGUUUCUGGUCGAGAAGAUAUGGCUCGACUCCAGCCCCAAUGCUGUCACACAUGAUAUCGCCAUUGCUGCCGCGCAUGCCGAUGCUUUUGCCAAGUAUCGCCCACCGCCAAUCCCAUCGUUCAACGACACGCCGUUUCACCCUCCUCCGCUCCCACCUGGCUCUACCAUCGGCCCUGGUGAUGCCAACUACACCAACAACCGGGUGAACAAGGGCGUGGAGCUCACACCUGAUGGCGGUGCUCUGAGGAACGGGCCGCGCUUUGGCAACACAGAGGAUGCGGAGCGGGGAGGGCCUCAGUACUUCGCUCAGUUUGGGUACAACGAGAGUGCGUAUCUGAUUGCCGUUGGGUUCUCCUUCCCCUCCACGUACUACGCACUGAGGAUGAACAACAAGCGUGUGGGCAGCAUAGUGUAUGCGGAUCUGGGCGUGUACGGGCACGAGUUCUACAACAUGUCCGUGGACCCCUUCCAGCUGCACAACACCUUCCACUCCCUCUCGCCCACUCUCGUUGCCUACUUCCAGAACCUUCUGGACCGCCUCAAGCACUGUAGCGGCCGCAGCUGCAGCCCUCGCAGCUUUGAAGUGCCAACCAAGUCUUACGGCUCAAUAUAAGAUCAGUUGCAGCCCCCCCCACCCCCCCAUGUUAUCAUCCCCUGAAGUUGCCCUCAUCCGUACAAGAUGGGUGUUUGAUGGGUGUUUCCUGUUCACAGUCCCCCUUUCAAUGUGAGAUUUUCUCUGAAGCAUUUCACAUUACACUAUAAGAGCGUGUUCCUACCAGCCUCUUCCCAAGCGACCUCUUCCCAGACUCCCGUGCUACAGUGUCGCAAAUUUUGACGCGAAAUGUUUCAGUGCGAUUCCGCGAAGUGCGAAGUGAGAUUCGGCUUCCCGAGAUUCAGGGGCGUGUUUUAAAACCUGUUUUCAGACGAGCACAUUUUCAGACAAGCGCGAAUCUGCACAGUAAAUUUUCGACGCCAGCUGGUUUUAUGUGGUUGAGAGCGAGGGAACGCAAAUAUGAAACAAGAGGAUUCCGAAAAGUGGUCUUGGGAACACGCUCUCAAGGUCGCGCGUGAGUCUGGGAAGAAGAGGUUGCCUGGGAAGGGGCUCGUAGGAACAUGCUCUAAUACCUGCAGAAGUGACAUAAGGUUGAGGGCAGCAGUGGUCGAUUCUCAAGGCCUCAGAUUG